AUGAGCGUCUACGGGGAAGGAACUCAAAUGUCCAACCGCGAAAUUCCAUUUGCGCAUAUGCGUGUACAUUUUGAAGACUUUGCAAAUGAGCUGCGCCUGCACAGGCAUCAGGAACAUCGAAAACGCAUCCUGUUCCAUCGGCGGGACAAGCUUCGCACUGCAGUAGCGUUGGCGUCACGCUUACACCGAGUGGGAUCAUGGCUUCACGAUGGGCUCGUUGCGAUCUCUCGUCAAUCAGAGGCAAGUGGGUUUUCAAGAGUGCACCACCGCAUGCAAGACCUGGCCGACUCCUGCUUUUCUUCCUGGAGGCACGAAAUCUAUGCGUACGAGAUAUCUCCUGAUAUGAAGACGCCAAUGAAGGAUUCAUUCCUUUCGCGAUUACCUGCCUACUCCCAAGAUGACUGCCUCGAGCUCAUCCACACGCUACGAAGCAAGCCUCGAUUUCUCGUAGAGCGCUUUAAAGCCAUGUCUCCGGCACAAAUAGUUGCUCUGUCCACUGCCCCUAAAUACCGCGAACUUUCAGAGUCCGUAUUGACGUCUCUGUCCCAAAACAGCGGGAGAGGCUCUCAGAGACGUCGGAUCAAUGCCUAUUCAAAAGAGUUGGAAGACUACUCCUCUUCUUUCGAGCGAACGAAUCCUUUGUCCUUCAUAAUUCACAACAUCUAUGGGCCUUUCCCGAACAUCGACAGCAAAGAAAGCCGACUGCGAUUCUCGACCUGGUCCUCUGUCUGUGCAACUCUUAUGGUAGAAUCUCAGCAAGCUUUUCAUGCCUUGAUUGGUCAGCUACUCAGUGCGUUUGCAAAUAUGUAUGCGUGGCAGAUCAAGCCCCGUCUUGAAUUAUAUUUGAUGAGCGUUUUGCAGAGAGGUGCGUUUCUGCUUGACAUGGUUGAACAUCCAUUCCCGAUCUCCCAAUCUGAGUUCGCUCUAUUCGAUCCGUUUAAUACCCAGGAAGCCCGGAAGUUUUUCCAAGAGGCGGUGCAGGAACUUUUUGAUAUUCUUGCUUGUGACGAGGGUCUACCUAUCGGUGCACUCAGUCUGGGCCGUGCCAUUAUUGGGAAGUUGCCAACAGAGGAACUUCAGAGUCAAUUCCGUGGCCUUUUCUUCUUCGAAUGGUUUCUCCGAGAUUUCCUGCGCGUGGCUAUUGCUUUUCCUGAGGACGAAAAGUUGCUUCACCAAUUUCAUGUCAGCGACAGGGCAAGGUCAUAUCUACUACAUACAAUCUGGGAUCGGGCUUAUACUCGGGCACGCGAUGCGUUUAAUCCAAUACCUGCCGACCCAGAGGACGUGGGCGUAAACACUUGUGUGUCGAACAUGAUUAACCAGCUGGACGCCGAGAUGAACUGCUUCGACCCAUAUUGCGCCAGCAAUCCUGCUUCCACUCCGUUCUCCGAGGCUUUCAUCAGCAUAUCUGCUGCAGAUGUCGUCCACACACUCGAAGCAUUGAACCCACAAUACAUACACACUUCGAGCCCUUGGGAUCCGUUUCUGAGUUCAUCUCAUUCGACCUUUAGCAGGCAGUACGCCCAUGCUAGUGGUAGGUUUGACACGUUGCGACGGCGUAUAUUGGAAGCAAUUGAGCCUGGCCAGUCGUCCAGGAACAUUCAUCCUUGUCAAGAGAACUGGGCUUUGAUUGUCAUCUCAGAGGAUGGCAUGCCGAUACCAACGCGCUCUAUCGAAAUGGCCCCAAUGUCUGAUGGGUUGGGUGAGCUUGAUAUAGCCGAGAAAGCGGCCAUCCGACUUAUCGAAGGCUCCCCAUCUUCAUCUGAUCGUGCAAGCACCGUCAGCAUCUCUGCUGAGAGAAUGAGAGGGUCAAGCCUGUCGAGAUUGUUCGCCGAGGAAGCGAGACUGGCUCUUGUCGGCCAUGAUAGCGUGACUUCGAUGUUUUGGCACGAUGCCAUGUCCUUCCUCCGCCAAUCGUACCCUCUCACGGUAUUGACCGAAGAUGAUACCAAGAUUCUCGCACCAAUGUCUGAGAAGCUAAGGGUGGGCCAUUUGCGGCUUGGUGAAGAAUGUCUCAGGCUUGAGCAAGAGGUUGCCAGACUCGAUAGGUCGUAUGAGUUGGCAAAGUCCAAAAUGUCACAACUGUCUACCUGGCUGGAGAAACUCCGAAUCAAACUAUGGUAUAGAAUGUACGUUGUGAGUUCUGACGCAUACGAAGACGCAAAGAACGUUUCCACGGCAUUGAACAAUAUGGCAUUACCAGCGUUGCAUGGAAGCUCUGCCGGCAGAGGUGUUGCGCGAUCGCCGGGAACUAGUCGGCCAGGUACAUCAGUUACGUCAACGUCGUCUUUGUUCGAGCAGACAAAAGUCGAUACGAUGAGCAUUCUGAAGGCACCAGCGGAACACGGUGGGCCUAAAAAGCUGGCAGAUUCGCAAAUCGAAAGAACUAAGAAGUGGCUUGAGCGAAACCACUUGGACAAUUUCUGCAGGGGCGAAGAACGUAUACAUCGAUUCUGUAUGGAAGUCAGCAUGGCCACGAAGAAGCUAGUAGGUGAGACACUGGGAGACAGCCCGGUACUCUGGUCAAGUGAACUCUUCGGACGAGAGAGGGAACGAUAUGAUGUGCACUCCGCAGGGUCUUUUAGCGCUCAACCCAGCAGCCGGGCCCCAAGUGUAUGGAGCGAACCUCUAUCCUCUACCUCAUAUCCUUCUCGAUCAGCAUUUGGAGGCGGGCGAGCCUCAUUAUAUAGUCCAACAUCUGGCAAGCUUGGUCUCGAUCUGGCCUCUGUGAUCAGUUCACCUGGACGAGCAAACACAGUGACAACCGUCGACUCCAACAGCAGCAUCUGGUCGCCCCCAGUGUCGAAUCCAAGAUCCGUUACCUCAGUCUCAUCGCAAUCAAGGCCUGCAUCGACAUUUGAGGACUCUAGCCUGCACCGACUGGUAGAUCACAGUCUGGAGAAGGCGACCUUUCUGGAAAACCUUUCCCACGAUCUCACGUGUCUUCUGUUGUCCGAUCUCGCUUGUCCAGUGUGGAGCUGUGGUAGCGAGACCGAUGCUUGGAUUAACACAGUAUUGCAGACCCCGAGCAUCAGAGAGCGACUGGCUCAACGGUCUGUGAUGGCACGUCUGCUGUCGAGGAAACACCCUCUCAGCCGGCUGGUACAUGCUACUGGAAGGAAGAAAAACGGUCGACACCGGCGCAGCCAAAGUACCACGCCAAGUACAUCCAAUCCUCAUGGAUCGCGGCUAUUGCCAAAGGAUCCACUCGAAGAUAUUCUGGACAUGACGAAUUUGGAUCCUGGUUCUGAUGGAUUCUCGUACCGUCAAGGUUUUGACGACGUAUUUACGCGGAUCAGUGAGCAUGUCGACCCAAGUCUGAAGCUUGAGGCUAUUCAUGACCUAUUAAUGCUUUCCCAAGCGUGCCAACAACGAUGUCCCAAUCCAGGCACCGACCCAGCAAAUUCUCCGGCAGCAGCUCGCCGUCAGAGUCUUAAUCCAAGCGUUCUCUCUGCAAAUCUCGAGCGACGGAGUCACGCCACAGACAAAGCGGCCAGCAUGAGCGGCACCAACACUAGCGGUGAGAGUGAAGUGGUCCAAUUCCUGAAGAGGCUGCUAUUUUUGUUCCAACCAAAGACCAUGUUUCGAGACUUGCAGUACGUAGCUGCGUUUGUAUCCUCUGACACACUUAACGACACGGAGAUUGGUCGUGGGUUCUUGCAGGUUGGCCUGGCGGCUUUGGCGUGGAAAGAUGAGGUCUGUCGGGCGAUGGUCGAUGUUGCCGAUCGGAUUGUGGCCAAGGACUCGAUCAAACGCAGAGUCCAGCGUGGCGAGCGCAAUGAACCUUCGAUCCUGAAAGCUGCAGAGUAUUGGGUGAUUGCUGCGAGAGAGGGCAACGCCAUUGCCCAACGGGAAUUGGCGGGUCUCUACCUCACCCACCCGGAGGUACCGCCUGUCAUCAGCGCGCCGCUGUCUCUAUCGAGCGAAAUCUUCAAAAUCGACAUGAUGUGGGAGGAACAAGAGGGAUCGGGCCGCAGCAGCCUGGCAAUGUGUUUGGCCUUGCAUUGGAUGCAGCAAGCCGCGGAAAACGGAGACGAAGUAGCACAAUUGAAACUGAGGGAGCGUCUUACGGGUCUUUCGAUUCGAUGA